UGGUAUUUUGUUUGUGACACAACACAAGACAGAAGAAGACGGAUCAUCUUCAUCCGCUGGUUGAGGUUUAUCAGACGUGUGCUUGCUGAAAAAUGGCCGCGGAGAGGCAGAAUCAUGAGGUGAAAAUAUCGACAAUGGAGGAAAAUAAAGAGAACAGCAUCGACGGAAGUCUUGGCCUGGAGAUUCUGCAGAUCAUUAAGGACUCUCAGCAACAGCAUGGACUCAGGCAUGGAGAUUACCAGCGCUACAGGGGUUAUUGCUCUCGACGACUGCGUCGAUUGAGAAAGACUCUGGGCUUUAAAAUGGGCAAUAGACACAAGUUUACUGGAAAGAAAGUGACUGUAGAGAUGCUUUCAGACAACAGACAUCUCUUGUUAGUGCUAAUGGAAGCGGAAAGAGCAUGGAGUUAUGCCAUGCAGCUGAAACAGGAAGCUAACACUGAGCCCCGAAAGCGUUUUCACCUGUUGGCUCGCCUGCGAAAGGCCGCCAAACAUGGGGAGAAGCUGGAGAAGCUGUGUGAAAGUCCUCGUGUGGACGCAAAGACCAAACUUGAGGCUCAGGCUUAUACUGCUUAUCUUACUGGAAUGGUUCAGUUUGAGCUGCAGGAAUGGAAAUCUGCAAUGGAGGCCUUUAACAAGUGCAAGACCAUCUACGAGAAACUGGCAAGUGCUUUUACUGAGGAGCAAGCAGUGCUUUUUUAUCAGAGAGUGGAUGAGAUUUCACCUAACAUCCGAUACUGUGCAUAUAACAUCGGUGACCAGAAUGCAAUAAACGACCUCAUGCAGAUGAGACUGAGUGCAGGAGGAGGGGGUGGCAUGAUGGCUGAAAAAUUGGAGACACUGAUUACUCAGACAAGAGCCAAACAGGCAGCUGUGAUGAGUGAGGUUGAGUGGAGAGGUCGUACAGUUCCUGUCAAAAUUGACAAGGCUAGAAUCUUCCUGCUGGGUCUGGCAGACAAUGAAGCUGCAAUUACAAAGGCAGAUAAUGAAGAAACAAAGGAGCACCUAUAUGAAAGCCUGCUGGCAGAGUGUAGAGACACCAUCCAGGCGGUCAGAGAGGAGAUCAGGACUGAUGUGAAGCAGCGAGAAAGAGCAACAGAAGGUGCUGAGAGUGUCAAAGUUUCUAAUCUGCAAUACCUGCACAGCUACCUGACAUAUAUCAAGCUGUGGACUUUGGUGAAGAGGAAUGAGAGCAUGGCUCAUGCGCUGCAAGCUAAACUGAAGGAGCCACAGACUGAUGAGAACAAAAGAGGACCACGACCACAGGAUCUUAUACGACUCUAUGACAUCAUCUUACAGAGUCUUGCUGAGCUGUCAUCACUGCAGGGUCUAGAGGAAGAUCACACCUUUCAGAAAGAAGUGGCACUCAAAACUCUGGUCUACAAGGCUUACAGGUGUUUCUAUAUAGCUCAGUCCUAUGUUCUGGUGAAGAAAUGGAGUGAAGCUCUGGUUCUGUAUGAAAGGGUUCUGAAGUAUACCAGAGAGGUCCAGUCCAAAGCCAAGAGCCUCAAUAACAGCCUUAAGAAUCUCCCUGAUGUCCAGGAGUUGAUUGCUGAGGUCAAUGCUGAGAAGUACUCCCUUCAAGCUGCAGCCAUCUUAGACACAGAAGAUGUUGCUGAGGUGCCCCCACCACAGCAGAUUAACGAUUACAUGCCCCUGUCUGAUCGAUUGGAUAAUUUUCGUCUAGACCCCACCCUCCUGAGCAAGCAGCCCAAUCUGGUGCAGUUCCCUCCAGAUUUCCAGCCCAUUCCAUGCAAGCCUCUCUUUUUUGACCUGGCUCUCAACCAUGUGGCUUUACCACCUCUUGAUGACAAAGUUGAGCAGAAGGGCAAGGGUGGCAUCACUGGCUACUUCAAAGGCUUCUUUGGCUUUGGGAGCUAAAUCUAGUCCCAGGUUUUGUUUAGGCUUGUUUGGCUGUAUUUGUAGUCAUCUGAAAACAGAUCUCUCUUCAAGACCGAGUGUUAUGGAUCCUUAUUCUGUCAAACCAUUUUCCCCAAAACAAGCCUUCAUAGAUUUAAGAUAUGUAAGUGCAGCCUGUUUGAUAGUAAAUUCAUAUUGACUGAAUUAGAAGUGAUUUAUAAAGAGUGAUAAAGAAUUUAUGCAAAGUUUUUUUGUCUUGCAAGAAG